CCAUGGUAAAAUUAGUGAUUGUUCACAAAUGGAAAAUAUGGGGGCAGAUCCUCUGGUCCAGCCAAGCUGAGCUCAGUUUAGGAUAGAAGUAGGGAAGGCCCAAAAAUGACUUUAAAGUGGGUGCUAGUUUGGUCCCUGGUGUAAAGUAGAGCAGAGUGAAGGUAUGCUGGAAGGGCAUAAUGAGUGGGGUCCCGCAGGGAUCAGUUCUGGGUCCGGUUGUGUUCAAUAUCCUCAUCAAUGAUUUAGAGAAUGACAUAGAGAGUACACUUAUAAAGUUUGUGGACAAAGCCAAACUGGGAGGGGUUGCAAGUGCUUUGGAGGAUAGGAUUAAAAUUCAAAAUGAUCUGGACAAACUAGAGAAAUGGUGUGAAGUAAAUAGGAUGAAUGCAAAGUACUUCACUUAGGAAGGAACAAUCAGUUGCAUCCAUACAAAAUGGGAAAUGACUGCCUAGGAAGGAGUACUGCAGAAAGGAAGCUGGAGGUCAUAGUGGAUCACAAGCUAAAUAUGAGUCAACAGUGUAAUGCUGUUGCAAAAAAACAAACAUUCUGGGAUGUAUUAGCAGGAGUGUUGUAAGCAAGACACGAGAAGCAAUUCUUCUGCUCUGAUUAGGCCUCAACUGGAGUAUUGUGUCCAGUUCUGGGCACCACAUUUCAGGAAAGAUGUGGACAAAUUGGAGAAAGUCCAGGGAAGAGCAACAAAAAUGAUUAAAGGUCUAGAAAACAUGAGCUAUGAGGGAAGAUUGAAAAAAUUGGGUUUGUUCAGUCUGGAAAAGAGAAGACUGAGGGGGACAUGAUAACAGUUUUAAAGUACAUAAAAGGUUGUUACAAGGAGGAGGGAGAAAAAUUGUUCCCGUUAACCUCUGAGGACAGGACAAGAAGAAACAGGCUUAAAUUGCAGCAAGGGCGGUUUAGGUUGGACAUUUGGAAAACCUUCCUGUCAGGGUGGUUAAGCACUGGAAUAAAUUGCCUAGGGAGGUUGUGGAAUCUCCAUCAUUGGGAAUUUUUAAGAGCAGGCUGGACAAAGACCUGUCAGGGAUGGUCUAAAUAAUACUUAGUCCUGCCAUGAGUGCAGGGGACUACACUAGACAACCUCUCAAGGUCCUUUCCAGACCUGUGACUCUAUGCUCAGCUGCCCAGAGCCUCCAGAUGCCAGCAGAGGAUCAGAUGGAGGCCACAGUGUAGCAGACAUUCUUCCCUUUUUCCUGCUAAUGCCCCUACACUGGUGGGCGAGGGAUGUGAUUGGGUGUAGGUGAAAGUGGGCCCUGUAGGGCCUAGUAUCUGGAUAGUGGUUAUCAGAAACAUUCCGCUGGAAACUUUGGGUUUUGAAAGUUAAAGGCUUGGGGACACAUUGCCUCUCUUUCUGAGCCAAAUAGUUUUCUACUCCCCCUCCACAGAGGCUAACUGCUACACCAAUGUGAAAGGAGAACACAGCCUGGCCUGCAGCUGGCAUGGUGGGGUCUGUGGUAUGUUGGUGCCCAAACUCUCCCUCAGCUCUUCAUUGAACACCAGUCACCUGGAGCCAGGGGUCUCAUCCAGUCAGAGGCAGCAUUUGGUACCUAGUGCUUGCUGGUCAGAGGUGCUGAACACCUGAGACUCUCACUGCAUUCAAGGGGAGCUCGCAGAGGCUCAGCACUUCUGGAAAAUCGGACUGCAUGGUUAUAGGUGCCAUGCAAAUACCUCAGAUACCAACAGCUUGUCAAGCAAAGUCCUAGGUAAUACAGUAUACCGUGCUAGGUCUUUGCAAAGGCUCAGAAAGAGGCUAAUGUGACCCCAAGAGAUGGAGAGAAAUUGCAUUUGCACAGUCUUGUUUUCUGAACUAUUUUGCAUAUGAUGAAAUAUCAAGAUUUUAUACCACACCCCGGCACAGCUAGCCGAUAAGCCUUUGUACUUCAGUCAGCCCUUUUCAUCUUCAAGUAAAUGAAUUUCAUUAGCAACAGAAGCAGGAUAAUUAUAGAAAUUGCACUUGAACUCUUGCUCAGUCAUUCCCCCUCAUUAUCCAUUAAACCAAUGACACACUCCCCUUCCCAAAGGGGGAGGAGCAUAACUCCUCAUUGCCAGGAUACAGACCUCUUGUGACUGACAGGGAUAUUGUGUAACUUGUUGAGGGCAGCAAUCCAGAUGUGCAUUCGCUGCAGGAGACAGGGACAGACUUGUCUCUCUUGACACACACCAGGUGCAAUACAGGAGGUUUCAAUUUCUUAAUUCUGGUGAGGAAAAACACUUCGGAGCUCAUCCGGCCAGCCGCUGAGACGGGCACCCACAAGCAUGGACACUGAAGACAGCAUCACGGAGCAGGUCUGCCAGGAGUCAGAGGUCCAGGAUGGCGAGCUGCGGGAAGUGGAGGUUGCAGGCCACAAGGUGUUGCUGGCGAGGAGUAAGAUGGAGUUCAGUGCUGUGGGGAGCAAGUGCACACAUGCAGGAGCCUCUCUCAGCAAAGGAGUCUUGGCGGGUAACAGACUGCGCUGUCCCUGGCAUGGUGCCUGCUUCAAUAUCAGAACUGGAGACAUUGAGGAGUACCCAACUCUGGACUGUCUUCCCUGCUUUAAGGUGCGAGUGGAAGACGGGAAGGUAUUUAUUACUGCAAAAAAAAAGGACCUUGAAAGUGACCGAAGGUUGAAGGCCAUGAGUGAGCGAUGCAAGAGCAACGAGAACACAAUGCUGCUCCUGGGUGGAGGUACAGCUGCACUGGUCUGUGCAGAAACACUUCGUCAGGAAGGCUUUACAGGCAGGAUCAUCAUGGUAACCAAAGAAAAGCAUGUCCCAUAUGACAGGACCCAACUAAGCAAGGCGAUGGAUAAGACACUAGAGAGCAUUUACCUGCGGCAGCAGGACUUCUUUGAGGCUCAUGGAGUAGAAGUUUGGACCGAAAAAGAGGUGGUGUCCGUGGACACACAGGGGCAGAAAGCCCACUUCCAGGAUGGGGCCUUCCAGAGGUACGACCAGCUCCUCAUUGCAACAGGCAGCAGCCCCAGGCAGCUCCAGUGCCCCGGCUCAGACCUGGAGAAUGUGUGUUCCCUGCAAACCCCAGAGGAUGCUAACAGGAUUCUCCACCUAGCAACUGGCAAGAGGGUGGUGAUUCUAGGCGCGUCAUUCAUUGGGAUGGAGGUAGCUGCCUUCCUUUCAGACAAGGCCAGCACCAUCUGCGUGGUGGAAAGAGGGGAGUUCCCCUUCCAGGCAGUGCUGGGGCCUCAGGUCGGAGGCGUUGCCAUGAAGAUGCUGCAGAAUAAAAGAGUGAAAUUCUACAUGAAGGCUGAAAUCUCUGAGCUGCGAGGAGAGAACAGAAAGGUUACAGAGGCUGUUUUGGCCAGUGGAGAGACGCUACCUGCAGAUGUUGUGGUGGUGGGAAUAGGUGUCGCCUCCAACUCAGGGUUCCUGAAGGACACUUCAAUUGCUCUGGACCGCAGAGGUGCCAUCCUGGUGGAUUUGUUCAUGCAAACCAACAUCCCAAGAGUCUUUGCUGCUGGGGAUGUGACUUCAUUUCCAGUCACACUGUUCGGUGGGACGACCGCCACCAUCCGUCACUGGCAGAUGGCACAGGCUCAUGGUCACAUUGCUGCUUUAAACAUGCUGAAGAAGCAGAAGGCAUUGCACACAGUUCCCUUCUUUUGGACCUCACUGCUCGGAAAAAGCAUCCGCUAUGCAGGCUAUGGGAAAGGAUACACAGAUACUGUUGUGAAGGGAAAUCUGGAGCAGCUGAAGUUCUUGGUCUUUUACAUCAAGGAUGAUUACGUGAUUGCAGUAGCCAGCCUGAACUUUGACCCCAUGGUCUCCCUGGUAGCCGAGGUCAUGUACUCUGGCAGACAAAUCUCAAAAGCAGAGGCCCAGUCCUCUGAUACAACCUGGAUGAAGCAAGCCUAACCCGAGACUGCCUAGGGGCUCAGUAAGACCCCCGCAGGCAUAAUCAUUUCCCAUACCCCGUCGUCCCACUUAGGAGAAAUAAAAACCAGCAUGAAAUAGA